AUGACGCUCAACUGGAAGCUGCUGGGGAUCCUGGUCCUUUGCCUGUGCACGGGAGGCAUCUCAGCCAGUGGAGACCACCCCUCUCCCCCACCCACAGAGGCCAGUGAGGAGGAGGCCUCCCCAACAUUGCCUCAGGGCCCCCCAAUCCCUGGUGACCCCUGGCCAGGGGCACCCCCUCUCUUUGAGGAUCCUCCAUCUCCAGGCCUCAAUCGCCCCUGGAGAGACCUGCCUGAGCCUGCAGUCUGGCCUCCUGAGCCCCCCACAACCAAUCCUCCUCAACCUCCCCGGCCUGAUGACCCCUGGCCUGCAGGACCCCAGCCUCCAGAAAAACCCUGGCCGCCAGCCCCUGAGGUGGACCACAGAUCUCAGGAGGAGCCAGACCUUGACCCACCCCAGGAAGAGUACAGAUAACAGGGCCCUCCACCCCCACCCCAGGCAUCCUGGUGUCCAGGCAGAGAGCACCUGAGCCCAUUCUGCUCUUCUGAUUCCCCUUGAGUCUUCCCAGUUUGGCCUCUUUAAUUCCCUUUCUUGUUCUUUCCAUUUUAUUCUGACCCUGAAGGGAUCGUUCUCAAUAUCUUCUGUCACCUCUUGAGAUCUGUAUUUAGCCCCCUCAUUUUCCCUCCUGUUUUCUCUGACAGCAUAAACUACAUCCCUACCUCAUGUCCAGUCCGCUCCCCUCGCACCUCUUCUUCCCCAUCCCUGGCAGUGUUGGAGCU